AUGUCAGCUAACAAAGAUGGAUCUGACAGUAGCAAAUUGAGUUCACAACAAACACCUGCUCCACAAAUCGAAACCCAAUCAACUCCAAUAAUGGCUCAUGAUCUUAAUUUUAAUAUAAACGACAUUUUGAGCAGCAACCAUGAGGUUAAUGUGAACGACUCUUCUUUUCAGUCAAUUGUUCAAACUCUAAGUAAUAGCAGUGCAGGCAAUAUACAACCGUCUUAUGCUCAUUUGCCUGCUGAGCUCCGAGACUUAUUUAGUACAACAGAGACGGAUGACUUAUUGUCUGCUCAAGUAAAUGCUGAGGAUGCUUCUCUACUACAAGGGGACAUGGCUGCUCUUUGGGGUAGAUCAGAUUCAUCCUCGCAGCCACAGCAACUACAGCAACAGUCUUCGCAAACACACGAUUCACCGUUCGCUGUGUCUUCUCAACAACAGCAGGUCGCCACAAACUUUACCGUAUCAAUGCCGUCUACAGCUACAUCAAGCAAUGCUAUUUCUCCCUUAUUACAGGCUGAACAAUCGCAGCCAUUGUCACGUCAAAUCACACCUACAUUACAACCUCAACAAUCCUUCCAAAGUGGACCAAUAUCAACAGCACAGCAUUCAAUACAACAUUCAUCUGCCUUGAUGAACCAUCAACAACAAGCUAAUCAUAUACAACUACAAUUACCCCAGCAGGCACAAAGACCGCAAUCACCUCUACAGCAGCAACAGCUUUUACAAACACCACCACUUCCUUCUCAACCUUCAAUUCCUGUAACAAAACAGCAAGUAUCUCAGUCAAUCAUGGUAACUCAACUGCCUUCCACUGGCACUACACUUAGUACGCCACAACAACAACUACCACAGCAGCAACCUAUACAGCCCCCAAAACUACCCGUGUUACCCCCACAGUCUUCCUCUACGGCAGGAAGUAGCACAUCAUCACAGCCUAAUACACAGCAACAGCAAACAAUUCAGGUUGUACAGCCAACAACUCCAUCUACCACUGCACCUGUAUUCAAAACACCUGCUCUACCCGUCCCAGGGAAUGGAUUGCAAAUACCAACAAAAUCAGCCGCAGCACAAACUAAAAUUGUUGCUCCAAAUGGAAUAGCAUCCUCAUCAUCGCAAGCAGGUGCUGCAUCAGGCGGUGCAGGAGCAUUGACAGAAACAACAGGGUCAGCAGGAGGAGUGUCAGGGACAGCAGCAAGUGGAGGAGGUGGCAGCGGAGGCGGUGGCAGCGAUAGAAUUGAUUACGAUACCCUAACAGAUGUCAUGGGUUAUGCUGGUGUCGACUUACGAGAGGAAGCCGAACAUUUUGUUAGAGAAGGACAAGAUACUAGCCUACCUGAUGGUAUCGACAGGUCGAGAUAUCAAGAUUUUAUGAACAUAGAUAUGCUAAGGGAGCGAUUACUCGGCUAUGCGAAAUACGUCAAUAUUAAGCGCGUUGACAAUGAUUUUGUGGCAUAUAUUGCGUUAGCCACGCAAGAUCGAUUACGGCAGGUAAUGCAAAAUAUGGUGAAAGCAUCAAAACACAGAACUUUUGAUCCGUUUGAUGAACCACCAAUGAUAUCGACCACUACACUAGCUACAGUGUCUAAGGGACAGAAAAGGUUCCUGGAAGAAGAGGACGAAGAAGAGGAAGGAAAGGGAGAAGAGAACAAUAAAUUAUAUCCGUUGUAUAAAAUACACGUUAAACAGAACGUAAUGCAACAAUUGGCCACUUUAGAAAAAGUAGACAGACAAACAACUUUAGAUUUAGAUACUAAUGCUAUGGAUGGAGAUGACGACGACGAUGAAAUGCCUGAUAUGGACGAGAAAGUAAGACCUGUGAAAGGCUGGUAUUCAGCAAAACUUAGACAGUCUCUUCCAACUCGCUUCAAGACCGAGCAAAAGCAGCCAAGGAAAUUAACGGUUAAAGAUGCAAUCUUUGCAAUGGAACGCGAUGUGCAAGCAGGAAGAGGAACAAAUCAACGUACACUUUUGAAAGCGUAUAAUGGCUGGCUCAAGUAA